AUGUCAGCCCGUCUGCUACACCCAGAUGAGUACGAGCUCGGCUCUCGCUCGUCGGCCGACUCGGAUGGCACUUUUAAUCUAGACGAUGAUGAUUUCGAGUCCCAGAUUCCCUCCACGUCUAGGCUAGGUGCACGGCGACUACCUUGGCUGUCUCGACUCUUCUCUUCGUCCGGAUACCGACGCCUGAAGUCUAAUGCCCGACCCAUCCUCGUCAGUGCUGCGCGCCCAACUUGCGCGCGACGCCUCUUCUUCCGCCGCCGAUGCUGCCACGUCCAUGUCAUUUUCGGAAUCGUCUUCGCCCUCGUUCUCUUUGCGUCAAUUUUUACGCCUUCAUAUACCCACCCGCCUGCGCAUUACGCUACGCUACGGAAAUCCGCGUUGGAUGGGAACGUUGCCGGCAGAGGAAACCCACACAACAAGAAGGUGUUCAUCGCAGCAAGUCUAUACGACCGCGGUGGUGAUCUCGCACGAGGACAAUGGGGUACACAGCUACUACAGCUUAUUGACCUCCUUGGGGGCAAGAAUGUGUUUGUGAGCAUAUACGAGAAUGACAGCGGGGAAGAAGGGCAAGCCGCGUUGCGAGAACUGGAGCAGCAGAUUCCCAGCGCAAAGGCAAUCGUUUUCGAAGAACAUCUGGAUCUCAAGACAAUCCCAUUCGUGACAAUUCCCGGGGGAGAGAAGCGGGUGAAGCGCAUUGAGUAUCUGGCAGAACUUCGAAAUCGAGCGCUAAAGCCACUAAACGACCGCCCUGAGAUUCGAUACGACAAACUUCUUUACCUAAAUGAUAUCCUCUUCGACCCUAUAGAUGCGCUGCAACUACUUUUCUCCACCAAUGCCAACGAGCAAGGCGAGGCUCAGUAUCGUGCCGCAUGCGCCGUCGACUUCGAUAACCCCUUUAAAUUCUACGACACUUAUGCCACGCGCGAUCUUGAGGGGUACUCCAUGGGAUUGCCGUUCUUCCCCUGGUUUUCCACUGCUGGCAACCAUGACAGUCGAAAAGACGUGUUGCAAGGCAAAGAUGCCGUUCGAGUCCGCAGCUGCUGGGGCGGCAUGGUAGCCUUUGACGCCAAGUAUUUCCAGGACCCGUUGCCUGGAGGUACCACCCCGGCGCGUUUCCGCUCUGGACCUGAUCUUUUCUGGGAAGGAUCCGAAUGCUGUCUCAUUCAUGCGGAUAUCCAAGUUCCACGGGCUGGGGAAGACGAUACGACUGACACGGGCAUCUACAUGAAUCCGUACGUGCGCACUGCUUAUGAUGGUCGAACUCUGUCAUGGCUGGGAAUCACCCGUCGGUGGGAGCGGCUGUACUCGCUCAUCCACAAUAUCGGUAACCAACUUGUCGGUCUGCCAUGGUAUAAUCCCCGUCGCACCGAGAUGCCUGGUCAACGUGUGCAGGAGACGGUAUGGGUCCCCAAUGGCAGCCAGGAUGGUGGAGGUUCCUUCCAGACUGUCGAUCGCACCGCUGGCAAUGAUGGCUACUGUGGGCGACGGGGUUUGCAGGUCAUUGUGGAGAACCGCAAGCCUGGGCAAAAAGGGUUUGAAGGCAUCCCUGUGCCAUCACUCUAG